AUGACUAAUAUCUCUCAAAUUUAUAAGCGGCGACGCACAUACAUGAAAAAUUUGAAAAUACCCAUAGUUGACAUGCAACAUCUGUUGAAGUUACUUGAAGCUGAGAAAUAUGCUUGUUGGAGUAGGAUUCAUAAAGACUCCAACGUUGUGAGGGACAUGUUUUGGAUACACUCAGAUUCCAUAACUUUGUUGAACAUGUUUCCUCUUGUAUUGAUCAUGGAUAUCACCUACAAAACCAAUAAGUAUAAGUUACCAUUGUUUGAAAUUGUUGGUGUAACUUCAACUGAAUUGACAUUCAACAUUGCAUUUGCUUACAUGGAGUGUGAACGUCGAGAAAUUUUUUGA